AUGAAUAAUUUAUCGCGGUGUGUCGAUUCGGGGCUAACAUCCCCGGGUCUUGCGGGGUGUCCCCUCAGUGCGGGGACCGGGGUUACGGGCAGCGGGAGGGGGCACGAUCGCCGUCAGUCCGCGCCGAGCGGCCGAGCGAGCGCCAUGUUCGCGUGUGCGCCGCGCGCCUGCUGCCGGCCGCGCGCCCCGCCGACUCUGCUUGACAUAACAGCAAAAAUAGUCGCCGCCGCGAUCCCGUUCCAACGUAUUGAGGAGCGAUAUGAACGUAUCCCAGAGCCGGUGCAACGUCGCGUCGUGUAUUGGUCAUUCCCGAGGGAUGAACGCGACAUCUGUAUGUACUCGUCGCUGGCGCGAGCGCCUCCUGACGACCAUCGCAACAUCGCCUUCUGCCGCGGCCUGAAGCUGCUUGAGGCCGGUUGUGUGGAGAACGUGCUACAAGUCGGUGAGUGUCCGAGGCCGAGCGCGCCUGCGCCUGUUUACUAA